CUGUACAUCAUUGCAAUGGCGGCGUCUCGGCGUUCCAAAUUUCCUUCUUCUGCUAGCUUAUACAGGCGUUCUCAUUUAGAUAGCCUGCACAUAUCGUAUGAUCGUGCAACUGAUCGUGCUGAUGAUGAAACCGACCCGCCACAGGCCCAGCAUCUGUACCAGUGGUUUUUCAAGCGUAUUGGCCAGAUCAAACCCGAGUCGUAUGAAGUUGAACCGAGCAACACUAUCUGGUGGCAAGAAUUAGAUUUAUAUGUCUCUAACAAGCAAACUGGAUUUGCCACAGGAAAACUUGUUGGCUUUGACAAAACAUCCUGCAGCAGACUUCAGGACAUUUUUCGCAGCAGAGCCAAGGGCCGUGCUUCUGACGAAAGUGAUAACAGUUUUCUGAAGGGAUUGCUCAACACUCUUUCGGAUGCCAGGAGCAGUGCAGUUGCAAGUCGAGGUGUUUCAUUCAAUAGAGACAAGUACGAGAGUCUUGGGAAAGUCAUUAGGUUCAUGGAAAAUCUAGAUAUGAUGAUUCGCAAAAUGGUCGUGGAUAGUAGUGAGGCUCCAAAUAAAGCAGCAUUUGUAAAUCUCUUUGAACGCUUUGCAUAUUUGUGUGAACUGGACAUAAGUCCUGGUUAUGUGAAAACUCGAAAAAUGAAUGUGUUGGGAACUCAAGUGACAUCAUCGCCAGAUGUUCAAUUUGGAAAGAUAUAUGAAGAAAAUGGAUUUCUGGUUAUCACAGUCGACGAGUUUAAACCAGGGCAGAAGGAUGAAUUUGAAGACUCUGAGUCUGAGGGAUGCAAACCACCGCUUCGAACACGGAAGCGUAAGGUCACUGAUGAGGAACAAGAUGAAGUGGAGGAGAGAUCAAAAAAAUCCAAAGUAAAUGAUGAAGGAGAAGAAUCUAUCAAAGGCUAUGGAAGCAAGCUUCAAGGACAGCAUGGUGCUGAGCUAUUGCUUGAGCUACCCUUUACGGCCUUGCGCGAGUUUGGGCACCAGGACCGUGUGUUCGGAUUUGUCGUUCAAGCCACAAUGGUACGACUUACUUGCCUUAGGAUGACAAAGGAACAUCUUAAGAGGAUACAGAGGAAUGAAGACUUGGAAGUUACUGACAAUGCAAUAAUCUAUUACACCAAGUCAUAUGACUAUUUGAAUCGACCUGAGCGGGAAGAAUUGGAGUGUGUGUUGCUCACGUUGUCAUAUUUGGCUCGCAUCUGAAUAAACCCCUCUAAUAUGGCCUUAUUCUUGUUGGCUCAGGGAAGUCUAUACAAUACCGCAGUGUUCGUCGUCCGUCGUAGUAUCCUGUGACACGUUUCGAAACCGCUGGGGCUAUGAACUUGAAACUUUGUUGUCAAUUCUGAUAAUUGCUUAACUACUUGUCCGAUUGUCACCAAAUUGAUCAACAUGGAAACAUCUUACCACCAUGCAGUAUUACUUGCACAUGGGUUUUUAGCUCACCUCUUAGCAGAGGUGAGCUUAUCCCAUACCGUGGCGUCCGUCGUCCGUCGUCGUCGUCGUCGUCGUCGUCGUCGUCGUCGUCCGUCGUCCGUUAGCAGGGCACGUUUCGUAACUGUUAGAGCUAUUGAGUUGAAACUUGGUACACAUGUACCCUUAUGUAAUGACACCUGGGAGACCAAGUUUCGGUCCGAUUCGUUUCAUGGUUUGGCCACCAGGGGGCCAAACGUUAAAAGUGAAAAUAUGCAAUAUCUCCCUUAAUAGUAGUCGGGAAAUUUUGAAAAAAAUAUGGUAGGUACUUCUAGCAAAGGUGCAUCAUAUAUC